UGUAAAUCUCUGAUUGUGUUGUGUAUUGAAUGAGUCACUAGAUUUCUUGUGAGGGUGUCACUUCAAAAUGGGGCUACCGUAUAAGACAAAGCUGUUAGUCUUCUCAGCGGUAAUGGGUGGAUUUCUCUUUGGGUACGAUACAGGAGUGAUGAGUGGCUGUCUAGUUGCUCUUGCAGGUGACGAACCCACAUGGGACCUGGAGGAAAGGGACAGCAGGAAGGAGCUCAUAGUAAGCGCAGCAAUAUGGGCAUGCGCAGUAGGAGCUCUUAUGGCAGGCUUCCUCAACAAAUUCUUGGGUAGAAAGAUAAGUAUGAUGGCUGGAGCUGCUAUACUUACAGUUGCUUCCUUUAUCAUGGCAAUAGCACCUAGUUGGCAGAUUCUAGUGGUUGGUAGGGCUCUUGAUGGAAUUGCAAUAGGUUUUGUGUCAAUGACAGGACCAUUGUACAUAGCUGAGCAAUUACCCAAUGAUUGGAGAGGACCCAUGACUGUUUGUAACCAACUUCUCAUUACUAUUGGUAUACUUGUAGGCAGCAUUGUGGCAGGGAUUUUUGAACCAAUUUCUGGUGGCUGGAGGUGGAUGCUGGGACUUAGUUGUGUUCCAUCAACAAUCAUGUUUGUCCUCUUUAUUUUUAUGCCUAAAAGUGCAAGAUGGCUUUAUUUUCGAGGAGAUAUUGAACAAGCGAAGGCCAUUCUAAUCGAGCUCAGAGGAACAGAAGAUGUUUCAAAGGAAAUGAACGAAAUAGCAGAAGAUUUUAAACAAACCAAUGAAAAUGAGAAGCUUGGUGGAAAAGGAUUUGAAGUCUUGGUAAAUAUGAUGAAGAAUAAGGCAGUAAGAAGAGCACUGUUCCUUGGAGUAAUGUUGCAACUAUUUCAACAAUUCUCGGGCAUUAAUUCUGUAAUGUACUACUCAGCUACAAUAUUGGUAAUGUCUGGUGCAUCAGCAAAUAAAGCAAUUUGGCUUUCAACAGCCGUUAGCACAGCUAAUGUCACAUUUACAUUCAUAGGUUUAUUCGGUGUUGAGCGCUUUGGGAGGAAAAAAUUACUCCUUGGAAGUAUGGCUGUGAUGAUGUUGGGACUAUCGUUACUUGGAGUAGCAUUCAUAGUUAUCACAAAUUCUUCAAAAGCAAUGGAUGUUGCAGGAGUUUCGGAUUGUGCUGGUGAAAUAAUUGCUGAAUCAUGUUAUAGCUGUGUUGAGUCAAACAAUAAAUGUGGAAUUUGUGAGGGUGCAUCUGGGAGUCUGAUGUGUUUAUCAACAAAUGUGACAUUAAUUUCGGAUAUAACACAAUACUGUGCUUCAGGAGUCACAGAUAUAGAAAAAGUUUGUAAGACGAAAGAAUCGUGGUUAGCUAUAGUGGGCUUAAUUAUCUACAUCAUGGGCUUUGCACCAGGAAUGGGCCCACUUCCUUGGACCAUCAACAGCGAAAUUUUUCCAAACUGGGCAAGGGAUACAGCUCUUUCUUUGACGACAUUUACUAAUUGGGUCUGCAAUAGCAUAAUUUCACAGACGUUCCUCCAACUUUCGAAUGCUGCAACACCAUCUGGAGCAUUCUUCACCUACUGUGCAAUAACGUUUGUAGGAAUGGUUUAUUUCUUCAUUUGUUUACCGGAAACGAAAGGAAUUUCACUUGAACAUACAGAAGAACUUUUUGAAAGCAGGCUUACAUUUGCGGGAUUUAAGGCUGGAUAUGAGCCAAAGAAUAAAAACAAUUACUUGAAUGAGUAGUGACUUUCCAAGCAACAAAUUUGCAGCUCACAUUGUAAGUAGGACAUAAUAUAAUCCAUUUAAUAGUGUAUAGUGUAUAG